CGCACACCGGAGCCCGGACUCGUCACCCAGAGCUCCUCGCGACCGCACCCGUCCCGCAUCGGCAGCGCUGAGCUCCACACCUGCACCACCCCACCUGACACGAAGAGCGUCCCCCCGUCCGCGCUCCUCGGGGGGCGUGAGCGUCUGUCUGCGCACACGUUUGCGACUCACUACUUAUCCUUCCAGCUGCGCCUGACUUCCCCCGGUCCCCGAGCAGGAGGUUUUGGGGAGACAAGUUUCGGGGUGCAGCGCUGAAUUGCGGAAAGACUGCAGAAGCGACUCGACCGAGAGCCACCCUCCCCGAGCGGCCAGAAUGAGUUCCGCCGUGCGGUUUCAAUCGGAAGCGAGGAACGGCGGGCACGAGCAGGUGACCUUCCUGACCAACAAGGAGAAGAUGGGCUCCAGGAAGCUGACGGGGGUGGUGCUGGGCAUGCUCGCGGCUGUCCUCGUCCUCUCCGCCGUCACCGGGGUCCUCGUGUGGUACUUCCUGGUCCGGCCCAGCGGCGGCGACUCCAGCGGCGGCGCCACCGGCAGCCCCCCGAGGACGGACGCCGUGCGGGUCUUCAGCGGCCACAUGGUGCUCUCCAACCUGGCCUACAGCCAGCAGCUGGAGAACGCCGACGACCCCGCCUUCACGCAGCUGGCCGACGAGCUGCAGCAGAUGCUAAAAGAAACCUACAGUAAGGAUGACCUUCUGUCCAAGUACUACACCAAGUCUGUCAUUUCUGCCUUCAGCAAUGGCAGUGUGAUCGCCUACCACUGGACCCAGUUCGACAUCCCGGCCUCCGCCCUGGAGAGCCUGCCCGAUUUCUCCGAAAAGCGCAUCCUAGAGGUCCUGCGGGCCGGCAUCAGGCAGGCGGGCAAAUCCAGAAAGCAGGAGAUCGUCAUCAGUAGCAUCACCUCUUCCGAGACCGACCCCAGGAUGGUCAGGAACCCGAGAGGCGAGGAAUGUUUCCACAUGCUGGUGGCCGGCGAUAAGGUCCAGACUUUCCAGUCGCCUGGGUACCCCGACAUGUACCCUCCCAAAGUGCGGUGCCAGUGGCAGAUCCGGGCGCCCCAGGGCACUGCCAUCCACCUCUCCUUCCCUGUCUUCCACGUGGAGGACGACUGCAAGAACGACUUCGUCUUCGUCUACGACUCGCUGAGCCCCGACGAGUCGCAGGCCAUCACGAAGCAGUGCGGUCAGCGCCCACCUAGCAACACCCUGGAAGUGAUCUCCUCCGGCAACAUCAUGCUGGUGAACCUCAUCUCAGACGGUGACACCCAGAGGCCAGGAUUCACUGCAGAGUACCAGCGUGUCCCGCUGACCACAGUGUGCAGUGAGGUUCUGAAAAACCAGAAUGGGAACAUCAGCUCUCCGCACUACCCCAGCUUCUAUCCCCCGUCCCUGGACUGCAAGUGGACCAUCGAGGUACAGCAGGGCCUCUUGACGGCUCUCUGA